ACAAAUAAAUACUCUGUUUACAAACCGUCAGAGGACGGGAGGAUGCUUCCGCUGAGGUGUGCACGGUUCUGUUCGCAGCACAGGAACGGACCGGUCCUGCGUCACUUUAUUUAGCCGAAUAACUGGCUGCACUCCAGACGAUUGAUUUUAUCCUGGAGGAGUGACCAGACGUCUAAGAGGCAGCUGCCUUUUAACAAAAACUCAACAUGGCUGACAGUGUGAAUGCGUUGCCAUUCUUUUAUGGCAACAUCACCAGGGAAGAGGCAGAGGGCUACCUGCGGCAGACAGGCUUGAGUAAUGGUCUGUAUCUGUUACGGCAAAGUCGAAAUUAUCUCGGAGGCUUUGCACUGUCAGUUUCCCACACAGGCCGUAUCUACCACUACACAAUUGAAAGAAAACCCAAUGAAACGUAUGCUAUUGCUGGUGGGAAGAGCCACCGAACCCCCAUGGAUGUGAUCGACUACCAUUCCCAGGAGAUGGAUGGUCUCGUAAGUCUGCUGAAGAAACCCUGCAAUCGGCCCAAGAACAUGCAGCCAAAGGUGGGGCCAUUUGAGGACUUGAAGGAGAAACUUAUCCGGGAGUACGUGAUGCAGACCUGGAACCUGCAGGGAGCAGUCCUUGAGCAGGCCAUUAUCAGCCAGAGGCCUCAGCUUGAGAAACUAAUUGCCACCACUGCUCAUGAGCGAAUGCCCUGGUUCCACGGAGCAAUAACACGGGAGGACUCUGAGUCCAGGCUUCAGGGUGGCCCGCGUAUAAAUGGAAAAUUCCUGAUCCGACAGAGAGAUCAGAACGGAUCAUACGCUCUGUGUUUAUUACACGAAGGUCAAGUGAUGCACUAUCGCAUCGACAGAGACAGACACGGCAAGAUCUCCAUCCCAGACGGGAAGAAAUUUGACACCCUGUGGCAGUUGGUGGAGCACUACUCCUACAAACCUGAUGGCUUGUUACGGGUCCUCACAGAGCCCAGUCCAAGACCCGAUGGAGAAACUGUGCAAAUAGGACGAAGCCAUGCUGGAUUGCCCCAUUCUAUCGUAAGUUGUCAAAGCCUGCAUUUGUGUAGUCGUGAAUCUCAACAGGACUCCAAUCCUUAUUCAACCAGGGUGGCUGGAAAUCAAGCAGCCAGCAAAGAGGCGAUGCCAAUGGACACCGAGGUGUACGAGAGUCCUUACGCAGAUCCAGAUGAACUAAGGAGCUCCACAGUGGAUCGCAACCAGCUCUUUCUGGAGGACGAAGAAUUGGGCUCUGGGAACUUUGGCACAGUCAAAAAAGGGAUCUACAGGAUGAGAAAAACACAGAAACAGGUUGCUGUGAAAAUCCUGAAGAACGAUGGCAACAACCCAGCCAUACGUGAGGAAAUGCUGCGGGAAGCCGACGUCAUGCAGCAGCUGGACAAUCCUUACAUUGUUCGAAUGAUUGGGAUCUGUGACGCAGAGGACCUCAUGCUGGUUAUGGAACUGGCCGAGUUGGGUCCGCUUAACAAGUUCCUGCAGAAAAACAAGAGCACGUCCAUAAAGAACAUCACAGAGCUGGUUCAUCAGGUUUCCAUGGGGAUGAAGUACCUGGAGGAGCAUAACUUUGUGCACAGAGACCUUGCUGCCAGGAACGUACUGCUAGUCACACAACACUAUGCAAAGAUCAGUGACUUUGGCCUCUCUAAGGCUAUUGCAGAGGAGAACAACUACUACAAGGCUACGGUUCAUGGGAAGUGGCCGGUGAAAUGGUACGCUCCUGAGUGUAUAAACUACUUCAAGUUCUCAUCCAAAAGUGACGUGUGGAGCUUCGGCGUGCUCAUGUGGGAGGCCUUUUCCUAUGGCCAAAAACCAUACAAGGGGAUGAAGGGAAAUGAUGUUAUGCAUAUGAUUGAAAGUGGAAAACGCAUGGACCCCCCAGUGAACUGUCCACCAGAGAUGUCGGACAUCAUGUUAGCGUGCUGGACAUACAAGGUGGAUGAAAGGCCUGCGUUUUCUGUUGUUGAGCCAAGACUACGAGAGUAUUACUAUGACAUCGCUGCACAGUGAUUCUUCCCAUAAAUUUUAUGAUAAUCUUCCGACUUUUGAUUGACAAAAACAAUUUGUCAUCUAUAAGCCAUGAAUCAUGAAUGUCUUAUGAGUUACAAACAUUGUAAUAUGAUCUUAAACUCUGACAUUUGUUCAGUAUCUUAGAUAUUUUGGAAACUAGCUCAGGAAGCAUAUUGUUCAUUUUACAAACUACUGUAUCUUUAAAGUAUAUAAAGGCAGAUAUGAUUAUCAGUGAAAGAGAAAAGUAGCAGUUGUGUAUGAGUGAGUGAAUGAAUGGGUGAAUGUAGUCUUAAAGCUCAUGCAUAGUCAGCAAAACUAAAAUAUUACCAAAUAAUGCAAUCUAUGUUCCUUAUGGAUUAUUAUUAUUAUGCAUAUGCCGUGUAUUUUUUUUUCAUGAAUGUAACACAGAAGCUUAUAAUAAUAAUAUUUUUUGUGAGAAAAUGUUACAGCUAACUAUGUAACAUAAUCAUUUAUUUGUGCUUCCAACUGAAAGUUGUAAAAUGAGUGAAAGCUAUACCACAAUAUCAUUAUAGUUUUAUAUUAAAAAACUGCAUAUUA